AGCAAGUUAGUGUGGAAAUUACUGACCAUCUCUACUGUAAUCAGUUUACCAAUCUCAAACUGAAUAUCCUGGAUCCUUUAUUACCCAGACAUGGAUUACAAAAUACUCCUGCUUCUGCUGUCUGCCUCAUUACUCUUAGUUAAAUGUGAUGAUAAACAAAAGACAAGCAAGAAAAUGUCAAAACAGCCUGCUGAUGGGGCCUCCACCAAAUCUACAACUAAAAAGCCCAAACAGGAACUUGUAAAGCGUCAACAGAAAGUACGACCUCCUACUCCUCCUAAGCCUAAUGGAUCGAUCCUUUCACAAGUUGUGCAAAGAGGAAAAUUUCAGCAAGUGGGAGAUACAGUAAUUGUAAAGGCUGGACAAACCUUAGACCUGCGUUGUAAAGGGACAUCUGUAAGGUGGGGUUACCCCCAGUAUCUGCAAGAAGAUGAUGAGGGAAGACUCAGACUCAAACACUUUGCCAGAUAUAGCCAGCUCCUGUUGGUGAAUACUACUGGUGCAGAUACUGGAGAAUUUAGCUGUGGCGGAUACCAGUGCGAGGGAGAAGGGUGUCACGCUGGUGGCGAGAAAACUGGAAAGACGUUUGUUUUUGUCACAGAUCCUCAGGAACUUUUUGUGCCAACAGAAGAUUAUUAUGUGAUGGUCCAGCUGCGUACGAGGCAGCCUGCGCUGCUGCCAUGCCAGGUCACAAACCCUCAAGCCAAAGUGACAUUACAUCGCGAGUUCCCACCAGAGCAGAUAGCUGUGGAUGGAGUUAAGAUUGCCUUUGAUGUGAAGAAGGGGUUCAUUAUUUACCAACCUCAGCCAUCUCUUGCAGGAUCCCUGUUCUGCAUUGCAGAGCUGGGGAACAUUCGCCAAAUGUCUACUAAGUAUAUGCUGAUAUAUGUUCACUAUCCAUCAGCUCCGCCUAAACCCUCCAUAGAAGCUUCUGUGAGCUCAGUUAGAGCUGGGGACAGUUUUGUCGUUAUAUGUACAGUGUUGGGGGAGCUGGAAAUCAGUGUAGAGUUUACCUGGGAAUACCCUGGGCAGAAGCUUGGAAGACCUCCUUACGUACGUGAGAGCACUGAGCAGAUAAGGCGAGGUGGGCAGCUGAUGCAGGAGUCACGUAGUGUCUUGUCUGUAGAUGGGGCUCGUGCUAUUGAUGAUGGGACAUAUACGUGCACAGCACAAAACCUACAGGGUAGUACAUCUGUAAACACCAAGGUCACCGUGCUCCCAACAGCCUCUUCAAGCAGUGGAAGGAACUAAAUGUGAUUGGUCAGAAUUCACAAAUGUAAUCUCUGGACAAACCAUGAAGAGACUUAUAAGAUGACAUCAUAUUUACCUAUUAGGCAGUAUUUUUCACCUCUGCUCCUUUUUUGAAGGGAGGUCAUUUUAUUAUCCUAUGUGCAAUGUUUCAGAAUAGAACAAUAUUUCAUGGCCUAGUUUCCUUUACUGUUGUAAACUGGGAAUAGCAAGAAGUAUAUCCAGAUGUUUUAUCUUAUCGCUAGUUUACACUGUUUACAACAGCAAUGGGAACUAGGCCAAUGUUUUAAAAUGUAUAUCCCAUAAUUAAUUUAGAGCUAAUUAAGUAUCAUCCUGGAUUACAGUAAUUGUAAACUUGAGAUUUUUUUUAAAUCAGGUCCGGAAUCUAAGUGAUAUUUUAGAGGGACUUUAAUUUAUC